AACCUCCAAAGCAUUGCGAUCCACCAGCGCUUUCUGGUGCUCAAAGUCUGUAGCUCAUUUCAGAAUUUACUCUCAAAGGCUCAAAUCAAACCAACUUAAGACCACUACUCCAUUAACCAUGGCCAUCUCCGACCAGACCCCCACCAACUCUUCUAGCAACAACCACCAGGAGUUCUCCAAGCUGCACGAAAUGAUGCAGAACGGUGCCAACGAAGCCUCAAGUUACCUUGACGGGCUCAAAGCCAAGUUUACCGAUUACGAUACCUCGCACAAAUCGUCAAAGGAGACGGCAACCUCCUACUUCCAGAGCGCAAUGGACCGGGCCAGAGCUGCUGUGGACGAAUUCAGGAGAUCGGGAGAAGAAGUUCGCAAAGAUGGCAACAAUGUAUCGGACUCCGUGGUCGAUGCCGCCAAGCGCUCCAUGGAGCAGGUAGGCACGGCACUCGACAACUUGGGCAAGUCUGCGCAGGCGUACGAUCGCCACGUACGCGACUCUAUCAAUGCGAGCGCGGAAAAUGCAAAAGAGAACGGCUCCAGCACGCUGUCAUCUUGGCAGGACUCCAUCUCAUCGCUUGUCACGUCUACUCGAGAUGCAACGUUCCAAAGCUUUGAGGCAUUGCAGAACCAGUUUGCUGCAACGAAAAAGGCGAUGGCGCAGCAAGCGUCCGCUGUAGCCGAUGGUGUCUCCAACAAGGCGUCGGAGGCUUCAGACAAGUUGAAGCCGGCGGAUACGACUUCAAAGAGCGACCCCACUUUGAUGGAUCGCGCGACGGAAGCGAUGUCGUCAGGAAUGGACUACGUGGCGAGCGCGUUGCAAGGCUCCAAGACAGACGACAUCAAUAAUACACCGACGAAGAGCUCGUAGGCGAGAUAGUAAAAUAGAUGCACAUCGUAUGCAAUACUAAUCAAAAACGCUUACCACUCCUAAUA